AGAAGGAGUGAAGGCGCACUGAAGACGAGGAUUUGAGAAGAAGAAGAGUAACUUCAUCACGAUGAGGACGCUGCUGUGUGGGUGUGUGUGUCUGUGUCUGUCCGCCGUCUGGGCUCUGGACAACCUGGAUUAUGACGACUAUGAUAUGGCAUCGUCUACAAAGAAUGAAACAGCCAAAGCCGGGACCGUAGACGCUCGUGGUCACCGUCCGCUAACAAGGGGCGGGGACAGCUACACCCGCAACCGCUAUGCCCCGCCCCCUAUCAGUAGCGGCGGCAGGUAUCGCGGCCGGCCCACCCCACCUCCAGUCGCAGGACAGCAGUUGCAGGAGAAGGAGAAGCAGCCGGAUGAAGGAGGAUGCACGCACGCCGCAGAGGAGAUGGGUGUUCUGUGUCCCACUGGCUGCGAGCUGAAGACCAUGCUGCUGAAGCAAGAGAGGAACGUCAAGACGAGCAUUAAUGAGCUCAAGCCUCAGGUGGAUGAUUUGUCCCGAUCCUCCAACACCAUCUACAACUACGUCAACAGCAUUUCCAACUCUCUGAGGGAGAGGCAGAGGAUCGUCGGCGACAACAACAGGGUGGUCAGUCAGUACACUGAUCGGGUGGAGGAACAACACGCCUACAUCAAGGAGACGGUGGACUCCACCUUCCCCUCCAGCAUCAGAGUGCUACAGGGGGUCCUGGACAAGAUCAGGCAGAAGAUCCAGAAGCUGGAGAAGGCCAUCCAGGGCCAGAGAGAGGAGUGCAAUGAGCCGUGCAAGACCACCUGUCCCAUACCGGUGGUGUCUGGUAAGGAGUGUGAGGACAUCUUUCGUCGUGGAGGAAAAGACUCCCAGAUGUACUUCAUCCAGCCCGACGCCUUCUUACCUCCAUACAAGGUCUUCUGUGAUCAGACCACUCAGAACGGAGGAUGGGUCCUCAUCCAGAACAGGCUUGAUGGCAGUGUCGACUUCGGCCGACGCUGGGACGAAUAUCGACGCGGUUUCGGCAACACCGCCUUCGAUGCUGGCAAGGGUCGCUGUGAGACUCCAGGUGAACACUGGCUGGGCAAUGAUCGUAUUAGUCAAAUCACCAAGAUGGGCCCCACUGAGAUUCUCUUUGAGAUGGAGGACUGGACAGGAACCAAAGUCCAUGCCCAGUAUCGCCAGUUCACCGUCAUGACAGAGACGGCCAACUACCUGCUGGCGGUCAACGGUUAUUCCGGCAACGCUGGCAACUGUUUACUGGAGGGCUCCUCAGAACUGUUCGGUGAAAACCGCACGAUGACCGUUCACAACAGCAUGAUGUUCAGCACCUACGACAGAGACAACGACAACUGGAUCCCCGGGGAUCCCUCCAAACAGUGCGCCAGGGAGGACGGCGGCGGCUGGUGGUACAACCGCUGCCACUCGGCCAAUCCCAACGGCCGAUACUACAUGGGCGGAGCCUACACGCGCCAAAUGGCCAAGCACGGCACCGACGACGGCAUGGUGUGGAUGAACUGGAAGGGGAGCUGGUAUUCGCUGAAGGCCAUGAGCAUGAAGAUGAGGCCGUACUUUGCCGUACCGAGCUAAUCGUGUCGGAGAGCACGCGCACACGUAACACAUACAGGAAACCGCCAAAAUAAAAGACACCAAAGUAAAUGGGGGCCAAACUAGAGCCACUAGAAAAGCUUCAAAACUCUUUGUAGUGUUCGACUAAUAUUCAUGUGUGUCCUUUAUUUCAGCUGUAACCUUUGUGUUGAUGGACACGCACGUUUACACACAACUGUUUUCACAAAGUGAUGCAGCGUUUAACUUCAGAAGAAAGAGAAAUGAGAAACUGUUUGACGUCAGAGAAAAGAGAAACUGGUUGUGAGUGAAUGUGUGUCGUCUUCAGUGUGCACGACUAGGACGAGUUGCUGUCCUCCACUACUCAAUAAACACGUUGAGGAACGUA